UACUCCAAAAAGGCAGAUGCAUUCUUUGCUCUAAUUUCAUGCAAAGGAGAUAAUAAUAAGAAAAACAAAAUUACAUCUUUUAGCCCUUCUCUAUUAUUCAUUUUAGAUCUUCUUCAUGAAGAGCAAAAACAACUAUAACUAUUGCUAGGGGCACUGGGGCUGGUGGUGUAACUCAUUGCUUCACGUCGAUGGUUGGGAUGGAAGACCCUGCCGGUAACAGAAAAGGCGAUGGGCGACGACUUAUGGUGGUUGCAGACCCUACUAGAGAGUCAGCAGCUGCUCUACAAUACGCUCUUGGACAUGCAAUAAUUGAGAAGGAUGAAUUGAUUUUAAUACAUGUAACUAGCCCUUGUCCUAGGAAGGGUACGUUUAGCUCACAUUUGAGCACCUUCUUCCGAAAACACCAGUUUGAACUCUCUAACGCCAAUACAAAUGAUCCUACUAAAGGUGGUGGCGGUGUUGCUGGUGGCAUACUUGGUAAUAGUGCCAUUAGUGGCAUUUUUGGAGGUAGUGGAGGCGGCAUUUUUGGUGGGAGUUGGGCUAGUGACGGCAAUGGAGGUGGGAAGGAUGAAGAUUUUUUAAAGGCCAUGAAGAGAGCAUGUGAGACAGCCUACCCUAAAAUGAAAGUUCGAGUUGAAAAGGUGGAGCAAGGAUGCAUGGACAAGGCUACUACAAUUUUAUCACAGAGCAAGUUGUUAGAGAUUGAGCUUCUUAUUGUUGGACAACGUCAAAAUCUUCCCAACAUUUUCUUAGGAGCUAGGAAAAAUGGAGGACAAUUGCUAGGAGGGUCAAAGGUAGUAGACACAGCAGAGUUUCUGAUAGAAAACAGCUUAUGUACCUGUGUUGGAGUUCAGAAGAAGAGCCAAAAUGCAGGUUAUCUUCUCAAUACCAGAACCCACAAAAACUUUUGGCUGCUAGCAUAAAAAAACAGGAUUCAGCAAAUUACUGGUAGCCUCCAAAAAACAGUCCAGACCACAAGACACUUGCGCUCUAUCUGAGAAAUUUACAUAUUUGCAGAUACUCGCAGCAUUUUGUUACAAUGUCAAUGAAUCAAAUGAAGAUACAGUAGGUGUCACGUUUUGCAGAACAUAGCAAAUCCAAUUCCAUAUCAUGCUUUUGUUAAUGGUUUAAUAUCUUCAUUAGUAUGUACAUGGAAUACUAAUCAAACUUUAAUUUAAAAUCUCCUGUCUCACAAGACAAGAGUCGGCAUGUAAAUUCAAUACUGUAAUGAGAACCACCACACCAACAAAGUAUAUAUAUAGUUUUUAAAUUCCAGAUAGCUCAAUAGGAAUGGCGAAGAAAGUAAAGGGAAGAAAGAGCUUGUAUACCAGUCCAUAAUGACAUAAUGUCGCGGCUCUGCAUCAUGGAAAGUAGUGUUAGAGGACCAAUUCAACCAAAAGCUUAAGCUGAUGGUUGAGGCCCAAGAAUAUGUUUUAUACUCUAUCACUCCCCCUCACAUGAAAGGCCCUUUGGGCUUGAAAUGUGGAUGCAACACAGGCCCACCCAUACCUGGUGCGGAUUAAUUCCACUUUGAAGGAGGGGCGGAUGAGAUUCGAACCUGUGACCUUUGUGUCACGCUGGUUCCGAUACCAUGUUA